UUUUUCAAAUAUGAAUGAUGUAAGAACCCCUUAAGUUAUAAUAAAGUCUUGGAAAUUACUGAAAUCUGCUUCGAAACAAACUUAGAGAGCUUAUAUUGCCUUUCAAGACCUGAGCGGCUUCUGGCCCCAGGUCUUGGUUAAGCGAUGUAACCUUGCUACUUGGGUUUACAACCAGGGUUACACAUUUAGCAAAGAAAUAUUCUGAGUGAAUACCUUUAUAGACAGUCCUGAAUAGACUAGGGUUAGUGAAGCCCAAAGAUAUCAAAGAGACUCUUGAUCAGCUUGUGAAUGCAAAAUUUGUGGACACAUUCUUUAUUAAAUAAACUAGUCAAGAAAAAGUUUGGAUCUAAUGUAGCAAAAAUGGAUUAUCUCAGACGUCUCUCUCCAGACGAAAAGAAGGAUCUUUGUGAACCACUUAAAAAACUUGAUAAUUUCCUACAGAAGAUCAAAUAAGAGGUCAAAGUUAUGACUCCGAAUGCCAAAAUGCAAGAAAAACGUAUAAUUACGGAAUUUGAGAAAACAGUCAUCUUCAAUGAUUGACUUGAUAAGUAUAAUAAUCAGGUUAGCAUUCUUGAAGUCUCCAAGUGGAACAACAUGCCAAAAAAAAUUAUUGCUAUUAGAGACAAAAUUAUCAAAGAUAAGUUGACUCCGAUGAAUAUUAUAAAGACAAGCAAUCAGAUCUCUAUAAAUAAGAGUCAUGAUCACCUGAACACAAAUAUUAAGUCAAGAGAUAUGAAGAAGAGCUUUGCCUUGCAGGGUCCUAUUAAUCUGCUGACACCCAGACUAGAGUGUGAGAACCAAAUUGAUAGAAAAACUCCAAAAUAAUUCUUCGUUUCUUCAACCUCCUGGUAGUCCUUUGAAGUCAGAUAGAUAUUCUGCAUUGAUAACUCCAGAGCCUAAGUCUCCACUAAGCCCGAUACAACCUAUAAAAUCAAGAAAAAUGGCCAAUCCAAGAAACUACAAAAAACCAGAAAAAUCAAAAUUCUCUCAAAAAUAUAACCACAAUUUCAAAAAACUCCAAAAAUCAAUUAAACCAAAGACCAAAUCGGAUCCAAAAUUAACAAAAAUUGGAUCUGUAAAAUUCCCUCCCUCAAAAGAGGACAGUCGGAACUUGCUAAUCCUGCCCAAAUCUCUCUCACCACAGCCUAACAUAGAGCCUCCCAUUUUCUUCAAUACUCAAAUCACGAAUUCCCCCAAAAUCACUAAUCUCAAAACUUCGAAAUCAGAUUUUAUCACGAACAAAUGCUUUAACUCAACGACUAACUGCUUCUCGCCUCGUAGGGAGACGGCACACAAAAGAGUCACCUCAUUCGAGAAAUACCAGAAGAGAUGCCUUAAGCAGGUCCAGAAGAUUAUUGAUAAAGAUACAAGAGGAAAGCCUAAGUACAGCCUGCCUGAGAUCCAAGACUCCCGCCGUAAAGGCAUCACUGGGUUUAGAAACUUCUACAUUCUCCCACCUAAGGAUGAGACUCCUCGAAAAGCAUGUGAAAAUUCACAGAGUUAUGACAACCUCAAGUUCAUUGACUGUAUUAUUGCCAAGGAAAAUAAGAGUGGCACCUUCCAGAUUGCCAAUGAUGAGCAGUUCAGAAAAAUUAAAGAUAUAUUAGAUAAAAGAUACGGCAUGAAAGUUCCAAGAUCUUUAAAAAGAAACAAUCAAACAUUUGGACAUAUGAGCACUAUGAUUAAACUCAACCAUAUGUCCAGUUUCUCUAAAGUAGAGACUGAAAGUUUCCUAGACAGUGACAGCAUUGAGAGUGAAGAGUUAGAUGAUGAGAUACUGAGUGAAAUGCCCAUCCCAACAAAACCUAUCAAGAACUCCUUCCAGAACAUCAAGGAGAAAAACCAAAAUUUUGGAUCGCUUAAAAAAUAUCUGAACCAUGUCUUGAUCCAGACUUCGAGUCCUGCACUUGUCCGUCAGCACACUCAGUACAGGAAGAUGAAGGACAAAAUGUUGAACAGAAGAAGCGAAACUGUUUAUCAACGGCUCCAGAAAGAUGCGAAGGAGAGAGGCUCCAAGAAAGAUCUCUCAAAUACAUCAGAUAACGGCAAGCAACCACUGAUUAGAAUGAAUACAAAUAGUCUCAGGAAAUCAAUUUUCCACUUACAUUCAAGUGAAGAUAAAACUAAAAGAAAAACCACAUUUGGGGUAACACAGCAGUCUGAUGCUUUCCGCUGAUUUAGUCCUUCUGAUCAAACCCUAAUAUAGAGCCAAAAUGGAUUCAACCCGUCUGGAUUCAAAGGUAUCACCUUCACAACUGAGAAAUCCAGAAGUUUCAAGAAGAAGCACAAAAAUGUGAUUGAAAAGAAUAUCGAAGAAUUGGGCAGGCUUUGAAAUAUGAGAGCUUCCCAAGCAAAAGGGAUGAUGCCUGCUCCGAAGAAUCCCUAUGACCUGUUCGAUACAAGAUAAUACCUAUUUCA